AUGAACUGCCGGAUGAAAUCCGGCACUCCUGUUCGGGAUGAUAUGCUAUUGAUCAUAAGUCACCUGAAUGAGAUUGAGCUCAUGGGAGCUGAAAUUGAUGGGGAGACUCAGGUGGAUAUGAUCCUAGAGACUCUCCCGGAGAUGUUUGACAACUUCAAACUCAACUAUUCGAUGAACAAGUUGAACUAUUCACUCCCAGAACUCAUGAAGGAGCUUCAGACUGCGGAAACCCUACUGCUUAAAGGCAAAAAGAGGAAUGGAGAGGCAAACCUUGCUGAAGCAAAGCCUUCCACCUCUGGCGCCAAGAAACAGAAGAAAGUCCGCAACAAGAAGAAACCGGCUGGAAAGGGCAAGAACACUGCGAAGGUGAACAAGAGUAAUGACAAAUGUCACCAUUGCGGAGUAGCUGGCCAUUGA